CUCGAGAGCGCAUGCGCAGGAGCCGGUGCUGCUUCAGCUGGUCGUGGGGAAGGGCCGGAUCGGGGCGUAAGCUUCGGCGACCUUCGGGGCUCCGCUGAGUCGGUGGCCGCCGCUGCCUCAGGAAACAAGGGUAGUUACUGUACAAAAAGAAUUUCACCAGCUAUGGAACUUGCUCAUAGUUUGUUAUUAAAUGAAGAGGCUUUGGCUCAAAUCACUGAAGCAAAGCGGCCAGUUUUUAUCUUUGAGUGGCUACGGUUUCUUGAGAAGGUGCUUGUAGCUGCUAACAAGACAGAUGUAAAAGAAAAAAAAAAGCUUGUUGAACAGCUAACAGGUCUUAUUAGCAGUUCUCCUGGUCCACCAACAAGGAAAUUACUUGCUAAAAAUCUUGCUGCUCUGUACAGCAUUGGGGAUACUUUUACUGUCUUCCAAACACUUGAUAAGUGUAAUGAUAUCAUCAGGAGUAAAGAUGACACUUCUGCCUAUUUAUCAACCAAACUUACUGCAGUGGCAUGUGGAGCAUUUUAUGAGAAAAUGGGAAGAAUGCUGGGCAGUUCCUUUCCUGAAACAGUUAACAAUCUCUUAAAAUCUUUGAAAAGUGCUGAAUCACAGGGACGGAGUGAAAUAUUAAUGAGUUUGCAAAAAGUCUUAAGUGGCUUGGGUGGUGCAGCAGCUUCUUGUCAUCGUGAUAUUUAUAAGAAUGCCCGGUCGCUCCUGACAGACAGAGCUACUGUGCGCUGUGCAGUAGCAAAGAGUCUACUAGAACUUCAAAAUGAAGCUGUGUUUAUGUGGACAACAGAAUUAGAAAAUGUAGCAACUCUAUGUUUUAAAGCACUGGAGAACUCAAAUUAUGGUGUACGAGUUGCAGUAUCCAAACUUCUGGGGACAGUUAUGGCUACAGCACUGAUACCAAAGCAAGCAGCAGUGAUGCCCAGAAUGAAGAAAGCAACAUUAGAAGAGGUUUUAGAACUCAUGGCCACUGGUUUUUUGCGAGGAGGAUCUGGGUUUUUAAAAAGUGGUGGAGAGAUGUUAAAAGUAGGAGGAUCUGUUAAUCGAGAAGUGAGAGUUGGGGUUACUCAGGCCUACGUUGUCUUUGUCACAACCCUAGGAGGUCAGUGGCUAGAACGAAAUUUUGCAAUUUUCCUGUCACACGUGCUGGAUUUGGUUUCUCAUCCUCGUGCAACUCAAACUCAUGUAGAAGCUGUCUACUCUCGGAGAUGUGUUUUUAUCCUCAGAGCGACAGUAGGAAGUCUAUUGGGAGAGAAGGCACAGAUUGCGGCUGCUAAAGAUAUUUGUCAGGCUAUUGAUAAACAAAUGAAGGCAGUAGAAACAGUUGUGAAUGAUGCUAAUAUUGAAAACAAAUCAGGAGCAGCAGAAGUUGCCGCAAGUCAACAUGUAAUGGUUUGUGCUCUUCAAGAGCUAGGAAGUUUAGUUCAAAGCCUGAAUGCCACUGCAUCACCACUUAUACAGGAACCUUCUAUAGGAUUGCUUGAGACGGUUACUUCGGUUCUUCUCCAUAGUAUGGCUGCUCGACUUGCUGCUGCAUGGUGUUUGCGCUGUGUGGCUGUCGCUUUGCCUUUCCAGUUGACUCCGUUAUUGGACCGGUGUGCAGAAAGGCUUAACAACCUGAAGAUCCCAGAAGCUGUUAGUGGAUACAGUUUUGCAAUGGCUGCUUUGUUAGGUGGCGUUCAUCAAUGUUCUUUAGGCAUCCCUCAUGCCAAAGGAAAGAUGGUUGUUAGCAUUGCUGAGGAUCUCUUGCGGACUGCUGCACAAAAUAGCAGGCUGUCCUUACAGCGAACCCAGGCUGGGUGGCUUUUGCUGGGGGCUCUAAUGACUUUAGGUCCUUCAGUUGUCCGUUACCAUCUUCCUAAAAUGUUGUUACUAUGGCGAAAUGUGUUUCCUCGUUCGCUAAAGGAAUUAGAAGCUGAAAAAGCUCGUGGAGAUUCCUUUACAUGGCAAGUAACACUGGACGGACGGAGGAGCUCUCUGUGUGCUAUGAGGAGUUUUGUUGCCCACUGUCCUGAACUUCUAACAGAAGAUGUUAUUCGAAAAUUGAUGACACCUAUUGAAUGUGCUAUGACAAUGAUGUCUCACAUUCCUUCUGUAAUUAAAACCCAUGGAGCACAUCUGAAGGCAAGCGCAGCAAUGGUUCGAUUAAGGCUUUAUGACAUUUUGGCUUUGUUACCACCAAAAACAUAUGAAGGUUCUUUUAAUCCACUUCUUCGGGAGCUGGUGGCAGAAUUUACUCUGACAGACAAUUCUGCUAAUACAACGACCUCCCUGCUAAGAUCACUUUGCCACUAUGAUGACAGUGUCCUUCUUGGCUCCUGGCUGCAAACAGACCAUAAAUCAAUUGAAGAUCAGCUCCAGCCCAACAGUGCCUCAGGUAGUGGUGCUCUAGAACACGAUCCCUAUUUAUUGCGUAUCCCAGCGGGAGAAGCAGUGCGGCCUCUUCCUUUGGGAGUAUCAGUCAUCGAUGCUUCAGUGGCUCUCUUUGGAGUUGUUUUCCCUCAUGUGUCCUACAAACACAGGUUACAAAUGUUGGAUCUUGCAGAAUGUAUCAAGCAGGCAAAAGGUGUUCGUCAACAAGCAGUGCAGCUUAAUAUUUUUACUGCUGUUCUCAGUGCACUAAAGGGCUUGGCUGAGAACAGUACCUUAGGACCAGAAGAAGUCCGCAAGUCUGCUUUGACUCUUGUAAUGGGAGCACUUGACAAUCCUAAUCCUAUUUUGAGAUGCGCUGCGGGAGAAGCUCUGGGAAGAAUGGCCCAGGUGGUUGGAGAAGCCACUUUCAUUGCCAGGAUGGCUCAGUACAGUUUUGAUAAGUUGAAAUCUGCUAGAGAGGUAUCAAGGACUGGCCACUCUUUGGCUCUUGGAUGUCUACAUCGCUAUGUUGGUGGAAUAGGUUCUGGGCAGCAUUUGAAAACCAGUGUCAGCAUUCUGUUAGCACUAGCACAAGAUGGAACUUCUCCUGAAGUUCAGACAUGGUCUCUCCACUCACUUGCUCUAAUAGUGGAUUCCAGCGGACCAAUGUAUCGUGGAUAUGUGGAGCCCACCCUAUCCUUGGUUCUUACUUUACUUCUGACAGUGCCCCCAUCCCAUACAGAAGUUCAUCAAUGUUUGGGUCGGUGUCUGGGAGCUAUAAUAACAACUGUUGGUCCUGAGCUGCAAGGUAAUGGAGCUACUAUUUCUACCAUCCGUUCCUCAUGUCUGGUGGGAUGUGCAAUUACACAAGAUCAUUCCGAUCUUGUUCAAGCAGCUGCCAUUUCCUGUCUCCAGCAACUUCACAUGUUUGCGCCACGACAUGUUAACCUUUCUAGUCUUGUUCCCAGUCUUUGUGUUCACCUAUGCAGCUCCCACUUGCUUCUACGUAGGGCUGCAGUAGCAUGCCUGAGGCAGCUUGCCCAAAGAGAAGCAGCAGAAGUAUGUGAAUAUGCCAUGAGCUUAGCAAAAAAUACUGGAGAUAAAGAAAAUAAUGGGACAAAUAUUAAUCUUACCCUAGGACUUGGCUCUCGAAGAGAUAGUCAUGGCAGACAUCGAGGAAUUAAUAUAACAGAGACAGGAUUGGAAGGAGUUCUUUUUGGAAUGUUAGAUCGUGAGACUGAUCGGAAAUUGUGUUCUGAUAUUCAUGAUACUUUGGGCCAUAUGCUUUCAUCUCUGGCGGUGGAAAAGCUCUCGCACUGGCUAAUGUUAUGUAAGGAUGUCCUCGCAGCAUCCAGCGACAUGACAACUGCAGCUCCACUAGGAGGUGAAAAAGACGAAGAUUUGGAGAAGAAGGAUGAAAUGGAUGAUGAUACAAUGUUUACUACACUGGGUGAAGAAGACAAAUCAAAGCCCUCUGUGGCUCCUCGGUGGGCCACUCGAGUAUUUGCCGCAGAUUGUCUGUGUCGAAUUAUCAUGCUCUGUGAACAUGCAAAUAAAGCCCACUUUGAUCUAGCUCUGGCCCGCUCCGCCAAACUUAGAGACCCUAAAAAUGACCUUCUAGUGCUUCAUCUCUCAGAUCUUAUUCGUAUGGCAUUUAUGGCUGCAACUGACCACAGCAACCAGCUGCGAAUGGCUGGUCUCCAAACACUUGAAGACAUUAUCAAGAAAUUUGCAGCAGUUCCUGAACCAGAGUUUCCAGGCCAUGUAAUUCUAGAACAGUAUCAAGCUAAUGUUGGGGCUGCUUUAAGACCGGCUUUCUCCCAGGAUACCCCUUCAGAUAUAACUGCAAAAGCUUGCCAGGUAUGCAGUGCUUGGAUUGGAAGUGGCGUAGUAAGUGACCUUAAUGACCUCCGUCGUGUUCACAACCUUCUUGUCUCUUCUUUGGACAAAGUACAAACCGGAAAAGGGUCUUCCAGCCAGCUGUAUAGGGAGAGUGCCACUACGAUGGAAAAACUGGCAGUCCUCAAAGCCUGGGCAGAGGUAUAUGUUGUAGCUAUGAAGAUUAAAAAAGAAGCAGAGACCAAACCAAAGAAAGCAGCAAAAAAUGGAGGAGAUGAUGACGAUGACGAUUAUGGCUCAGUAGAUGUGCUGCCACCAAUAGUCCUGAUAACCCUUGUUCAACCAGAGUUGCCCACUCUUAGCCGUCUCUGGUUAGCUGCCCUCAAAGACUAUGCCCUUUUGACAUUACCAGCUGAAUUUGCAAGUCAGCUUCCUCCAGACGCAUUUUACACGUCCUGAGCUAUUGAUACAGCUAGACUGCAUUCGAAUUCAUGGACCCCAAUUUUACAUGCAGUUGCACUAUGGCUCAACGGUACAGGGUUUAAUGCCUGUGAACAACAGAGAUGCCUCAGCAGCAACACCUCCACAAAAGCAUGCCAACACCCAUUAGGUUAAAUCCAGCGUCAGAAAACUUCACCUUCCACCAAAACUUUGCAAGAUAAUAAAGAGAGAAUGCAUUUGAUUUUAGGUGUUAGCAUACAGUUUCUAUGUUCUCCUCGACCAGAAGAGCCUGUCGAACAUGUUAUGUCCUGUUUGCAAGCAGUGCACACUUUACUUGAUUCCUCUUGUGCUAGAACCCAUAUUGCAGAAGAUCAGCUACUUGGUGUCGAACUUUUGAGCGUGCUCCAUCGACUCUUGUUGACCUGCAAUCCUCCAUCAGUUCAACUCUUAGUUACAGAAGUUGUGCAACAGAUCAUAAGAGCCGCUCAGGAUCAUUUACAAGAAAAAGAAAUACAUUGAGUAAGAAAUACUUGGAAUGAAGAAGAUGCAAAAGACAGUAAUGGUGGGCUGGGCGAAGGAGGAGACAGCGGUGGUCUUGUGCCAGGGAAAUCUCUUGUAUUUGCUGCUAUGGAACUGCUAAUGUUUAUCCUUGUGCGACACAUGCCACAUCUGAGCACAAAAAUGUCAGAUUCUCCAAGUCAUUCCUUCAACAGAAUCCAGCUCUCAGAAGAAAGUGCUCGUCUCGUGGCUGCCACCGUUGCCAUCCUGUCUGAUCUACCCACUCUUUGUUCCCCAGCUGGAUCUAUGACUAUAUUGCCCACUAUCCUCUUUAUAAUUAUACAAGUGUUGAAAGAUACUGCUGUAAAAACUGUGGGAAAUCAGGUCCUACCACCAGUCGGUGCAGCGCUUCAAGGACUGAAAAACAUAGUAACCCUUCCAAUGACCAUGAGUGAGAAUAUUCAUAAACAGUGGACAAAUCUUAUCCGCAGCACCCUAGCCUCCAUCUUGGAAUACUCUCAGCCAGAAGCCUCCAAGCCUACUUUAGAUGAAAUAAGUAUGCUUACUGCCAUCACACUGUUCCUUUGGUCUGCAAGCACUGAAAUAAUUGGAGUGCAAGCAUUGCAAAAUGGCUGCAUUAACAGAUUUAAAACAGUGAAUUCAUCUGAUCCUUGGGUUCAAGCCAAAUGUUACCAUCUUCCUUCUAUAUUUCAACACACAAACCGUGCUCUCUCUACCCCAUAUAUACAUUCCCUGGCACCAAUAAUGGUUGAGAAACUGAAAGGUGUGGAGAAAAACCGUCCAAACAACAAAACAGAACUCUUAGCAAUCCAGGAGGGAAUUAAAGUACUUGAAACACUGGUUGCUCUUGGUGAGGAGCAGAAUAGAGUACAAUUGCUUGCUCUUCUUGUCCCUACACUCAUAUCUUAUUUACUGAAUGAAAGUGCAUUCUCUUCUGCAUCCCUGGUAUCAAAAGAACUUCAUGAAUUUGCUCUCCAGGAUCUCACCCGCAUUGGACCCCUUUAUCCUCUUGCAUUUAAGACAGUAAUGGGAGCAGCUCCUGAACUGAAAGCACGACUGGAAACUGCAGUACGAGCAAAUCAGGCAAGCAAAGCAAAGGCAGCUGCCAGGCAACCACCACCCACAGUACAUUCCACGCCAACAAUUAAACUUAAAACUAGCUUUUUCUGAUUCUUGUUGGAACAAUCAUAAAACACUCAUCAAAGAAGACAUCAUUCCUUCUGUGCUGCUGUAUCUCAUUCUCUAUUUUUCAUUGUUUGUCAAUAGGCUCUGCAUUAGCAAUGUAUGUUUCUAGGGAAUUAUUGUAUUAUGGUUUGAAAUCUGCGCAUUUCAAGAAAGAAGAUAUCUGGAUGUAUAUAGAUUUUUUAUGAAAUGGAGUAAAUUGACCAUCUGAAGUUGUGUUAAACUAUCUCCUUUAACAAUGUGUUUUAUGUAGUUUUGGUCUUUCUUUUAGAAUAUUGAGUUCUUGUUAAUUAUGAAAGUUGGGUAUAUAUUUUCCAUAGGUACUAUCUGUGGAAUCUUGUGAACUACACUGCUUCCCUAUCCAGCAUUUUAAAAAGGAGCAAUAGCUGUGAUCACAUUGCAGUAUAUCGGAUGUUUCAGUGAAAGCAAUUUGAGAUGAAAUUACAAAUGGCAAAAACUUCAGUCUUGCAUAUGGUUCUCCAGUAGCUUCUACUAGCUCUUAUCCAACUAUACAUGAAGCACCUGAAUGUACUCCCUUAGUGCAUCUAGUUAUUAAAGAUAAAGAUCUCCAAAGUACAGGAUCAUUUACUAAACCAUUGCUUACAUUUGGAGAAGAGGAGACAAUCUAGUUCUCCUAGUGUACAAACAUUUUCUCUCGGCAUUAGGAAUAAUUUGUAGGCAGAGCCAUAAAAUUAUGGUUAGAUCUUUCUCAUUCGCUCCCCCGCCCCCUCGAUUAAAAUUUCUGUUAUAACAGAAUGCCAUUCAAUUUCUUUUGAAUUGUAUCUUCUUCAUAAAGUAUGGAGUGGGUACUAUUUUGUAAUAAACCAACAGAUACUUGUGAAUGUUUUUUUGCCACGUAUAGGCAUAACAAAAUAGUCUGCACUGAAUGAUAAAGAAGAUAUUUACUCUACUUAUUUUGUAAAUGCCCUUGGACUGUGAACCGUAUUUCUAUGUCUAAAAAACAAUUCAGCAGAUAUCAAUGCCUUCAUUGGGGAGCAUGAUCUGAUGAUUCAUUUUACUCUGAUAUUAGAGCAUGGUCUUUAAGUUAAAGAAUGUAUAUAUUCAGUCUUUAUCAACACAAUGCUCAUAGUCUGAACAUUCUGCAAUUUAAUUUGCUCCUUAACAGACUUUUCAUGCAGGGGUUAAGAACAGUCUGGUUUGUGAAGCUCUGCUAUUUGAGGUCAGGCCUCUAAGUGACACGUUUUUCUGAAGGGCAGGAUUGUUCUCUUCUCACAGAUUGCUAUCUGUUUGAAAAAAAUGGUGUUUGCAUUCUCAGAAUGAUUUUCAUGAGAAAACCUGGCUGACCAGGAUUUUAUUUAAUUUUAUUUUUAUGGCAAAAGUCAACUCAAAGCUGAACUCCCUAAAACAUUAUGUGACUUACAGUGGAAAGACUAACAAGGUGAGUACAAACAGGAGGUUGGUUAAACUUGCUAAAAUGUAUAUGAAGUAUAAACCAACAUAUCUAAAAAUCACGGAAGACGGGAAGGCUGUAGGUCUAGAAUUAUGUUUAACAGUAGCCAUUCUCCCCCUAAAAUAUAGUUACAGUUCAUUUCACAGGUUGCUGAAUUGGAAUGGCAUAUAAGCACCAGCAAAUAAUAUAUAUUAUGUGUCUACUCCUAGAAUAAGAGAGUAAUUCAUAACAGGGAUUGGAGUAGAUCUACGGCUGCUGAUCUAAUACUUUUUGAUCAUAUCAUUAAGUUCCUUAAAGCAAUUUUCAUGACAUAUAUGAAUAUCCCACUCUAAUUCCUUUCCACCUAUUGUAAGAUUCAAAUUGCAACAGAAAACAUAUAUUUAAAAAUUACAAAAUUGGUUUUGUCUGUAAAAGAAAACAGUGGCUACUUAAUGAAAAAAAUUGCCAUUUUUCCUGUUAUACCUUACAUUUUUUAUUUAAUAUUUCUUAAUUUUUUGGUGCUUAUACAACUUCGCUUACUCUAAAAGGAAGCAGUAGAAUAGGUAUAUAUUUAUGGUCACUAUGAAUUUUUCAACCGCUAGAAAUUAAUAUUGAUAACUACUUAUUACAUUUUAAGGAAUGUGAGUUGUAAUAAAUGAAACACUGUAAUUAUUCAUUCAAUUUUUUAUUUAUUACAAUAAACUGUUACAUAAUGCAACUGUAUGCAAAAUUUAGACGCUCUUGAUCAAUCUAUAAGUUUCAGAAGAAACUGAAACAAUCUUUCUGUAAAUUUGAAGGCAUGUUUAACAUUCAAGUCCUACUAUUUAUAUUUUCAAAAUAAGACGACAAUGAAUACAGUAGGCUCAAAAGGUUGACUUCCCUUUCUAUCACUAUUUUGUAAUGUCUCCUUUGGGAGAAAUAAUAAUAGUUACCAUUCUUUUUGUGUGUAGUCAACCACAUCUUUCUAGUCUUGUGUGGCUAUUUUUCCCCUACUUUUCUUUUUAGGUCCUACACACUUGAGAUUUCCCCAGAUUUUCUAUUAUAUUCAAAAUCUAAGGAUUGUGAUAGCCAUUCUAAAAUCCCUAUUUUCCUUUCCUGCCAGCAUUGCAUAGUUAAUUCCUGCAACUGUAGAACCUUAAAGUCUGUCUUUAUUGAUACAAAAAGUUAGUUGAGGUUCAAUUCAAUUCAAUUCAGUUUAUUAGAUUUAUAGGCUGCCCAAGGUUACCCUGAUUGAGCUUCAGUAUGCAAAAUAGGUAUCUGCAUACUGUUCAAUUAGUUUUAGAAUCCAAAUUCACGACAGUGGCAAGUUUGUUGCAACAAUAUAUGAAGCUGGAAUGACCCAAUUGUAAAAGAAAAAAGAUGAAUGUGCAAGGUUUUAUUUAUUUUGCCUUCUUUUCUUUGCCGAACUUUAAUAUGAAGUGUUCCUGGAAGAAAAAAAACUCAGAAAGAGAGGCUAAGGCAUGGAGAACAAUGAGAAAACUCAUAAAUGCUUCAAUUCUUUGUAAGCUGUAAACCUAUAACAUUUUGUAAUAAACAUGAUCAGUUUUAUUUUCA